AUGCUGGGUUCUGGGCAGCAUGUCAUGCUGGGUUCUGGGCAGCAUGUCAUGCUGGGUUCUGGGCAGCAUGUCAUGCUGGGUUCUGGGCAGCAUGUCAUGCUGGGUUCUGGGCAGCAUGUCAUGCUGGGUUCUGGGCAGCAUGUCAUGCUGGGUUCUGGGCAGCAUGUCAUGCUGGGUUCUGGGCAGCAUGUCAUGCUGGGUUCUGGGCAGCAUGUCAUGCUGGGUUCUGGGCAGCAUGUCAUGCUGGGUUCUGGGCAGCAUGUCAUGCUGGGUUCUGGGCAGCAUGUCAUGCUGGGUUCUGGGCAGCAUGUCAUGCUGGGUUCUGGGCAGCAUGUCAUGCUGGGUUCUGGGCAGCAUGUCACGCUGGGUUCUGGGCAGCAUGUCACGCUGGGUUCUGGGCAGCAUGUCACGCUGGGUUCUGGGCAGCAUGUCACGCUGGGUUCUGGGCAGCAUGUCACGCUGGGUUCUGGGCAGCAUGUCACGCUGGGUUCUGGGCAGCAUGUCACGCUGGGUUCUGGGCAGCAUGUCACGCUGGGUUCUGGGCAGCAUGUCACGCUGGGUUCUGGCUAG